AAGGGUGAAUUCGAAGAAAGUGGAAGAGAGGUCAUCGAUCGAGUCGAUCAUCAACUCUCAUGCCUAAAACGACGGAAAAUGCCGAAGUCCGUGUGACGUUGCACAGCAGGCUCAAGGAUCAACCAAUUAGGCGGGCGGUUUUUGUUCCUCGUGCGGCUCCGGGAAAGGAGGGGCGGAGUGCCAAAGAUAGCAGAAAGGAGGGGUUUAUCCUCUCGCGAUAUCCUCUCGCAGUUCUCUCUGGUAACGGUCGGAAAUUUUCGAAAGAAAAUGGGACUGCCUGUCAAUCAUUGAGGGAAAGGGGCGGUCCUUCAGGCGCGGCGCGGCGCGGCAGCACGUGCUUUGUGGAGGGAACUGAGCGCUCGGCGGCGACGCGAUGGAUGCCGCCUGGCUUCGGGGCCUAUUCGGCAAGCGGGUCAGAAUCACUCUCAUGUGUGGGACUUAUUCGGGGCGUAUGCAGCAAGUGGAUACUGCCACGAAUUGCAUCAUUUUGGAUCAAGUUGAAUAUUUGGAUCAUAAGCUAAAGCUGCCUGGUGUCAGAAUAUUUUAUGGGUAUGAGAUCAAAAAUGUGGAGAUCCUUGAUGCCUUGUCGACUGCAUCUGACAUUAAGCAAACAAAUAACAAUGAUGAAAAGGGCAAACUGAAAGAUACAGCUCCGGGGGAGGCACUUGGAGAGAAACAUUUUCCAGAUUUGGAAUAUGAACAUUUGGAACAUGAUUUGGAAAUCAUUGUCAUUAACCAGUUUCAUCAGAAAUUUGGUCCAGCAAUCUUUCACAUUAAACAACAGAAUGUGAUUGGAGUUGCAGUGAAAGGUAUUAAUGUCUGCCGCUUCGGAAAGCUGUUCUGGAUGCAGAUUUCAACAAAUGAUAGGAUUUACCUCUUUGAUAUUUUUCUUCUUGGAGCAGCGGCAUUUAAAAAUGGACUUAAGAUAGUUCUUGAAGACAUUAAUGUAUUGAAGGUGAUCCAUGAUAGUCGCUUGCUCUCGGACUGCCUGUAUCACCAGUAUAGGGUGGACCUCACCAAUGUGUUUGAUACACAGGUUGCUGAUGUUCUGCAGUUCUCCACAGAGACAGGAGGCCUUCUUCCCAGCUGUGUCAGUACUUUGGAAGAAUGUCUGAUCUGUCAUCUUGGCCUCCCUCCACCAAAAAUCCAGUUCUUGCAGCACAGUGCAGCUGUUCUCAAGGUUGAUCCAAAGGUGUGGAGUUCUCGUCCACUCCCCCCACACUUGAUGAAGAGUGCAGCAUUAGAAGUGAUGUUUCUGCUUCGACUCCGCUCUACUUUGAUGGACAAGUUAAUGAUGGAUUUCACAACUCAAGUGGACAACUACCUGAGCAUGUACAGAAAUAUGCCCAGCAUUACUUUAGGAGGUGCUGAGACCACCUCUUUGGAACUUCCUUAUGAACUGAAGGAAUUAGCACUUAUUCAAAGAUUAAGAAGGGAAGAUGCUCUGAAAAUCUACAAAACUGAUGAGAAUGGCUGCCUUGUGAGACCUUGCCCUCAAUUUAAGAAUAAAUCCAAGGUGGAGGGUAGAAUAAUAAACAGAGAUGACAUUCCGGAGCUUGAAAUGUCCAAGGCACCAAAGGAAGAUUUAAAUGAAAUGCAGAAUGAGGAGAUUCCAUUGCUUGAGCCUAUUCCCAGUUGUGGUGGAAACAUUUGUUGUCCCCUGGAAUGAGUCAAUCUUUCAACAGCCAAACCUUGAGGAAAAGUAGUACCCAACUUUGUGUAGAUGAACUUACUGGGAUCCUGUGGCAAGAAGCCAGUUAUAUUUCAGCUUGUUUCUCAAGAUCUUCAGACUAGAUCAAUAUGAAGAUAUUAUGUUUCAAAUUCUUAUCAAAAUCCAGUUCAAGGUGAUUCCUUGAGAAGCUGCAAUGGGCCAUACUGGCCAGAACCUGUUUCUGUUUAUAGCUUAUUUGGGUAGCCACAUGACUUUUAAUUAAGUGUGCUAUGUUGUACCUGGAGUGAGGGUCAUGAGUUUCAUUUGCACAAUGAGCUCACAGUUGGCUUACACUUCAGGAAUAGAAGUGCUGAGGGAACACUACCAAUCUUGUGCAUUCAAACAAAAAAAAAGUUAAUUUUGGGGAAGAUCCCAAUGUGAUCCAGCAGUACAUUUUCCAUGAAUGCAGUGAAGAUAUGUUCUUGGGCUUCACCAUGUCAUAUCAUGUGAUCUUUAGUGCUCUCAGUUUUGUAUAUUGAAGUCACUUACUAUUGUUAAUCAAAAGCUGUGGUGGUGUGAAUGUUCUCAGAUCUUAAAUAACUUUAAAUAAACCAGCUAUAAUAUUGAUUAACUGAAGUGAAGUUUUCUUCUUGAAAGUUCUGCUGUACCGUGCCUCAAGAAAGCUACAAUGGCUUCAAAAUACAUGAAAAUUGUUCACCUGACAUACAGCUGUGGCUAAUGAACAGAGUACAUAGAAUAGUAUAGCACAGGAACAGGCUCUUUGGGCCACAAUGUUGUGCCAAGCCAGCUAAAAAGCAAAUCAGAACUACCCAAACAUCCAUAUACCUGUACAAACAUCUCUAAAGGCCUCUAAUGUAUCUGCCUGUAACACCCUACCAGGUAAUGCAGUCCAGCCAUCCACCAUUCUGAGUUUUUAAAAAAAAACUUGUGCCUCCCCUUUUGCCUUCAAUGCAUGGCAUCUGGUAUUAGACAUUUCAUCCCUGGGAAACAUACUCCCCAUCUACUCUACCUAUGCCUUUCACAAUAUUAUAAACUAAACCUCUAUCAGAUCUUACCUCAGCCUCUGCUAUGCCAGAGAAAACAGCCAAGAUUUAUCUAGCCUCUCAUGGUAGCACGUCCUCUAAGCCAGGCAGCAUCCUGGUACCCCAUCUUCUGCACACUCUCCAAAGCCUCACAUCCUUGUAGUGGGGCAACUAGGACCAUAUGCAAAACUCCAGAUGUUGCCUGACCAGAAUUAUAUGAAGUUGCAAUAUAGUGUCUGACUUUAGAACUCAUUGCCUUGACUAAUAAAGGCAAGCAUUCCAUAAACUGCCUUAACCACCUUAUCAACCUGUGUGGCCAUUUUCAAGGAGCUAUGAACCUGAUCCUGUUUCAGCUCUUUCCCCUUAACAGUGUACUGUCUCAUUGCAUUUGCUCUAUCGAGGUGCCAUACCUCACAUUUAUCUAGGUUAAACUAUCUGCCAUUUCUCCACCCAUAUCUGCAACUGAUCUUUAUCAUGCAAUAUUCUUUGCCAAUCUUCUACAUUCCACAACUCCAAUCUUGGUAUCAUCCACAAACUUACUAACCCCACACAUCUACAUUUUCAUUCAGGUCAUAUAUAUAUCACAAACACAAACAGCAGAGGUCCCAGCACAGAUCCCUGCACACCACCACCAAUUACAGACCUCCAUCUUGAGUAAGUCCCCUCAACCACUACCCUCUCUCAUCAAUGCACAAAUCAGUUCGGAAUCCAAACAGCAAAUUCACCACAGACCCCAUGCAUCUUAAUCUUUUGGAAUAACCUCCCAUGAGGGACUUUGUCAAAUGCUUUAAUAAAAUCCAUAUAGACAGCAUCCACUGCCCUACCUUCUUCAACAGUACAUUUAAUGUCAGAGAAAUGUAUACAAUAUACAUUCUGAACCCUUUUUCUUCACAACCAUCCACAAAAACAGACUACCCCAAAGAAUGA